CAGUACCACUGCUGUGAAAGAGACACUAACAAAUGGAAGACUUCUUCAUAGACUAUGUCAACCUGGAAAAAUCCGAAAACCAAGAGAGACACAGGACAGAGGGCUUCAGCAGCUCCAGAGCCCUGGUGGUGCGAAGAGGAGCCCCGUUCAGAAUCAGUCUGCAGCUGAUGGGCCGACCCUUUAACCCUAAGACUGACCUUCUGAGGGUCAAAGUUAUGCUAGGCCACCUGUAUGUGAUGAUGCCAGUCACUUUCUCCAUGAAAGACUCCUCGUCACAUUGGAAAGCCUACAUGAACCCAGAGGACUUGAACCUCCAGAACCCCUCCAUCUUCAUCUCUUCCCCUGCCUCUGCCUCAGUGGGAUGCUACAGGUUUCAGCUGUAUGUGUUCUCUCAGGAAGGCCAGCAGAGGUUUGCCUUUGGCAAAUUCAUCCUGCUCUGCAAUCCCUGGUGUCGUGAGGAUGCAGUGCAUAUUCCCUUUGAGGACCAGAGAGAGGAAUAUGUCCAGAACGACUCUGGAUUACUGUUUAUGGGGACAGCUAUGAACCUUGUGUCAAGACCAUGGUCCUUUGAUCAGUAUGAGCCUGGUGUUCUGGAGACAUGCCUGAAUCUGCUCCAAGUCAGCCCUCAACACCAACACAACAGAAGAGUGGACUAUCUGAACCGAAACAACCCCGUCUACAUCAGCCGGGUCGUGUCUGCCAUGAUCAACAGUGAAGAUGACCGUGGAGUCCUGAAAGGCAACUGGUCAGGUGACUUCAAACAAGGAGUCAAUCCCUCCAUGUGGACGGGUAGUGGGGACAUCUUGAGACAGUGGGCCCAGUCUGGUUACAGCCCAGUCAAAUAUGGACAGUGCUGGGUUUUUGCAGCUGUCAUGUGCACAGUCAUGAGAGUUCUUGGCAUUCCCUGUCGCAUUGUCACAAACUUCAACUCUGCUCACGACACCAACGGUAACCUGGUGAUCGAAGAGUACUACAGCGAAAGAGGACAGAAGCUGAACCACAGCAAAGACAGCAUAUGGAACUUCCAUGUCUGGGUGGAGUGCUGGAUGACUCGUCCAGAUCUGGGCUCUGGAAUGGAUGGCUGGCAGGUUCUGGACCCAACCCCUCAGGAGAGAAGUGGAGGUGUGUUCUGCUGCGGCCCAGCUCCAGUCAAAGGCAUCAGGGAUCAGCGCAUCAACCUGCUUUAUGACGUCCCCUUUGUCUAUGCGGAGGUGAACGCUGACGUUCACACAUUCAUAGUGAGCCAGGGUCGGGUGCUCAGCCUCAGCAAAGACACAGAGAAAGUUGGAUCCCUCAUCUGCACCAAAGCUGUUGGCCUCCCCAGACUCCAGAACAUCACAGGAGACUACAAAUACAUCAAAAGCCCAACGUCAACGCUUACAUCAAGAAGCUCCACAAUAUCAGAAGACUCAACAUUAAGAAGAGCAGCAAGCUCAUCCAAGGGAGUGUUAGUGUUCCUGACCCUGGAUAAAACUCCCGUUGCUGGAGAGCCCAUCCGCUUCAUGGUGAAAGUCAUGAACAAGCAGAGUGUUGCCAAGGGGAUGAAGGUGCAUCUCAAUGCUCAGGCCAAAGAAUACAACCACAGCCCCUCAGACACCUUCUGGGAAACCAACGGCAUCAUACAACUGGGACCCAUGGAAGUCAAGGUGUUGCACCAGCAGAUCCUCCCAGCCCAGUAUGAACAUGUAGUGGGAGACAACCUGAUCAACCUCGCAGUGGUCCUGGAGGACAUGGCCAGUCAUGAGCGGGUCCUGGCUUCAGAGGAGUUCAAUAUCGCCAGCCCACAGCUCACCAUACAGGUUGCAGAUGAAGACUCCAUUGUUCCCAACAAGGAGCAGACUGCCACAGUGACCUUCACCAACCCAUUUUCUCACCCGGUAAAUGGAAUACUGACUGUAGUCGGGGCUUCGCUGAUCCAGGGCAAGAUUUACUUCAGGAUGCCCCCACUGCGUCCAGGAGGAAGAGUGGAGCAGCGUAUCACUUUCAUCCCCAGCAUGGUGGGAACAAAGAUGCUGCAGGCUAGCCUGUCACUGACAAACAUGAACACCACAAUCAGAGGCUUUAAGAUGGUCUUCAUUAACAGAGCUUAGAUCCCUUUUUCAUGUUUUUUUUUUUUUCUGCCUGUUGUUCGGCUCAGUUGUCACAUUAGGGCACAAUGCUUACAUUUGCGAUAUCAGCGUUUGUGCCUCAGAAACAUGUUUUUAUUUCGGUUGUAACAACUAAGUCUCCAUGUUGAAGCCAGAACAUUGCAACCAGGUGGCAGCAUGAGUUGCAGAGGAAAGAUUCAGUGGCGUCCCAUCAGGCAGCUGUCCGCAUGUGUUUCUGUUACUGUGUAUGAUUUAAAUGUGAAUGUAAAUUAUACUUAUUUAUUUUGAUAUUUAUUUUGAUAUUUAUAUGUUUGAGCCAUGAAAAUCAACCUUGCUACUUGAAAAUCUGCAUCUUUACUUGACAUUAAAAAUCUGCAAUGCA